GAAAAUGAUUUUAUGAUUUAUAAUGCUGUUUACAUUUAUUUGUGUUCCCAAAUGACGUGAAUUUAUGAUUAUUGGUGUGUAAAGAUAAUGCACCGGAAAUACUAUUUCUGUUUCGCGAGAACGAGAGAGAAAGAACCUCAGUGUUGCUGUUUAAUAAAAUGAUCCCGAUAGUGGGUAAAAUAUUUACGAGUGGGUAAAUAAUACUAAGUUGAAGUUCAUAAUUUUGUAUGAAAUUCUUGGUUGUUGUAAAUUGAAUUACGUAUAAAUAAGAAGAAAAAAUUGUGUGUAUUAUUUAAUGGUAUACGCUAUUAAUGGAGAGUUGAGAAAUCAACAUAAUAUUUUUUUAAGGUAUAUUCACGAGAGAGGAAUAUUUUAACGUGAUGUUGGCAACAUUACUUUGCUCGUUUUCUUCAGAAAAGUUUGACAUACAGAGAUUGAAAAGUUCUUAUUUUAAAUAAAAUACCUUGUGAUAAGAGUUAAAUAGUGAAUAGUUUCAUAGUUUGUGAUUGGAUUUACUUGCUAAGAAUCUUGUUGGCAUAUACCGGUUUACUUACGAAUGAUGGAGUCAUUGCUAAUUUCUAGACUCCAAGAUAUAAUAAAUCAUAUCGAGAUUGUGACGAAACAGUGCGAAACAUUCUUACAAAAGGAAAUAAGUGAUAUUGACAAACAGCAAGCAGAAAUUGCUACCAAGAAAUUGGAAAAUCUUCAUUCUCGUUUUUCAACUGAAUUAAACAAUUAUUUUCGAUUGAGUAUCGAACCAUCUGCUGAUGACAUCUCAAUGUUUAGUGCUAUUCAAUUAAAUUCCGAGGAAAUUCUCAUAGAGUUGACCAUAAAGUUAAAAGAUUUGCGUGAAGACCGAAGUGAACGGUCAAAUAAAGCUACUUAUAGUGAAUUACCAAAAUUGAACUUACCUGAGUUUAGUGGUGAUGUGUUGCAAUGGCAACAGUUCUGGGACCAUUUCACAUCAAAUAUUGAUAGUAGACACUUACCGGACGUGGACAAAUUAUUGUACUUGAAGGCUUCAUUAUCUGGAGAUGCGAAGAGAGCUGUUGAAGGAUUAGAAACUACAAAUAGAAACUAUGAGAUUGCUGUAUCGAUUCUUAAGGAACGAUAUGGUAAGGAACAUUACAUAAUUGAUGCUCACUAUGCUGCCUUAUAUAAAAUUAAGGCUGCGGACAAGACUGCUGAAGAUUGUCGGAGAACUCUUAAUGAAGUAGAGCGGCAUCUACGAGUUUUAAAUUCACUUGGUGAGAAUACUAACCAUAACCAUCUGCGGUUUAUUAUUAUUGAAAAGUUUCCUGAAGAGAUAGUGUAUGAGUUAAAGAUGUUGUUAAAGACAGAUUCUAUUGAAGAUAUGAGAAAACAAUUAGAGAUUAUUAUUUCAGCAAGAGAGGAUGCUAAUAGAAUUGCUCAAGAGAAAAGUCAAAAGGAAAUUAGACAUUACACGGUUGAGACAUUCCACGGUACAGAUAGUGUGAACCAACAUAACCCGUCAAGCGGUUCAAGAAGGUUUAAGAUCCAAGAACGUUUUAAGAAUUUGAAGGAUAAACAUCAGGAUUGGAAAAUGAAAAUGAGAUUUGCUCCUAACUACAAGAAUAAUAAUUACAAUAAUAAUAGAAUGCUUCCUAAUAAAAGAAAAUUUGAAAAUUCAUAUGAGAAAGAUAUAAACAUGAAAAAACCAAGAUUAAAUUGUAUUUUCUGCUCAGGAGCACAUUACAAUGAUCAAUGUAAGACUGUAAGAACUAUUAAGGACAGACAAAUUAAAUUAAAGGGCCGAUGCUUUUAUUGCUUUGUUCAAGGUCAUUGGAGUAAGACAUGUAAAAUAAAUAAAAAAUGUAUACAUUGUGGAGGAAGGCAUAACAGAGCUUUAUGUCCAAAAGUUUGUGAUUCUGUGAAAGUGAAAACAUUGCAUACAAAUACUUCAGUCAAAUCUGGAAAUUCUACAACGGCGUUACAGACAGCAGUAGUUACUGUAUUAAAUGAAAAUAAAUGUGACAAAGUGAAUUGUCGGAUCCUUAUGGACUCUGGCAGUCAGCGUUCAUAUGUAACAAAGAGGAUUGCUACUGAAUUGAAUUUAGCUGUAAUAGAAGAACACCAUCUUUCCGUCUUCACCUUCGGAACUGAUCAACCAUUGGAAUAUGAUAGUCCAUUAGUGAAAUUAAAUAUACUUACCAGAACUAACGAAGAAGUCGUACUGUAUGCCAAUGUUGUACCAACCAUUGCACAGCAUGUUAGUUAUCCUGGAGAAGAACUUUAUCAUUGGAAGAAUGAAUGUAUCUUGGCAGACGAUGGUUCACUUGGAGACCAAGUGGACAUCCUCAUCGGCAAUGACUAUUAUUUCACGGUUAUAGACACAACAAAGAAACGGAUAACUGAGAACUUAUUUUUAGUGGAUUCUAAAUUUGGAUGGAUGUUGACAGGGAAAACAGAAAAGAAAAAUAUAGAUAAUUUAUCAGUUAUUACUUACUUUCAGUCAAAUAAAGAAACAAAAUUGAAUAAACCGGACUUACCUUUAGACAACAUGCACCUGAAGAACUUAUGGGACCUUGAAUGUAUUGGAAUUACUGACUCUCCCAACACUACUAAAGAGGAAGAAGCUAUGAAGAACUUUAAUGAUAACACAAAAUACAAGGACAAGAGAUAUUUUGUAUGCUGGCCAUGGAAUAACAAUGUUUCAACUCUACCUACUAAUCUUGGACUAGUGACAGGAAGAUUAAUCAAUUUAUUAAGACGAAUGGAUAAAGAUACAUUGAAGUUAUAUGAUGAGACAAUUAGAAACCAACUUGAAGAUGGAAUCAUUGAAGCUGUUCCCUCUGAUGAAAUAGAUCACAGUAUACAUACCAUACAUUACCUGCCACAUCAUGGAGUAAAGACACCUGGAAAAGCUGUUCGUAUUGUAUAUGAUGCGUCAGCAAAACUGAAACAAGGAGUUAGUCUCAAUGAAUGUCUUCGAGCUGGACCAGUAUUACUAGAAGAUUUAACAGGAUUAUUGAUAAGAUUCAGAUCUCAUAAAACAGCAAUAACAGCAGACGUUGAAAAGGCAUUUUUACAAAUUGGACUUCAAGAUGACAGUAAAGAUGUUACUAGAUUUCUAUGGCUCAAAGAUAUAACGAAAGCAGCUACUGAUGACAAUAUUAUACACCUUCGCUUUUGUCGAGUACCGUUUGGGGUCAUAUCUAGUCCAUUCUUGUUAAACGCUACUAUCAAAUACCAUUUAAUGCAGUCGGCUAAUAAGGCUGUACAGCAAGUUUCUGGCGACAUAUAUGUAGACAAUUUGGUUACUGGGACGAAGACGACAUUACAAGCGAUUACAUUAUACAACAAUUUAAAAAGAGAAUUUGAGAAGAUAACUAUGAAUCUAAGAGAGUGGAGUUCCAACUCGAAAGAAUUUAAAGAGAAGAUACCAGAUGUACUUGACAAAGAAGUUGUCAAGGUUCUCGGCUUAGACUGGAAUACAAACAAAGAUACAAUUCAAUUGAGACCAAACAAUGUUGACUUACAAACUACUAAACGAGGAGUCUUAAGGACAAUUGCUUCUACUUACGAUCCAUGUGGAUUUGUUGCACCAUCGUUGUUGUCACCAAAAUUGUUCAUGCAAGAUCUAUGGAAAAGCAAAAUUAAAUGGGAUUCAAAGUUACCAAAAGAAUUAUUUGAAGAAUGGAGAAACAUAUAUAAUAAUUUAGAAACUGAACAGGAAGAAAUACCCAGAUAUUAUACAAAGGACUUUGAAAGUAAAGAAAAUCAGUUACAUUGUUUCACAGAUGCAUCAACGAAGGCUUAUGCAGCUGUAGUAUGUAUAGUAAAUGAAAAUGGCAAAGAAUGUUCAUGAAGUUACAAAGUCAUUAAUUAAUAAUAAAGAAGAAAGUAAAACUAGUAAACACGAUAGUAAGUCAAAAGAAAUAGAAGAAAUGAAAAGAAUACAAGAAACUUAUUUUCCUGAUGAGGUUAAUAUGAAAGAAACUGCUUUAAGUCGUAAUCUACGAUUAUUUAAAGAUGAUGAUGGUUUGUUAAGAAGCAAAGGAAGAUUUGAAAAUACUGAAUGGUCGUUUGACAUGAAAUACCCAAUUUUAUUGCCCAAGAACUGUGACUUCACAAAUAGUUUAAUAAAGAGAAUACAUGAAGACAACUACCAUGUUGGAGCCAAUCAUACACUGAGUUUAAUUCGGAAGUUGUACUGGAUACCACAGGGUAAAGCUCAAGUUCAAAAGAUUAUAAGACAGUGUUCGAGCUGUAUCAAGCAUGGAGGCGGUCCAUUCAAACUUCCGCCUACUCCUGCACUUCUUGCUGAAAGAGUGAACUAUAGUUCACCUUUUACAUUUACUGGACUUGAUUAUUUAGGACCAAUAUUAGUAAAGACUGAAAAUGGAGUUUCCAAGAGGUGGAUUUGUUUAUUCACUUGUUUAGCUGUAAGAGCUAUACAUCUAGAAAUGGUACAAGAUUUAUCUGCUAAAGAAGCGCUACUUGCUCUAAGACGAAUGAUUUCUACAAGAGGGACUCCUGGUUUGAUAGUUUCAGACAAUGCUUCACAAUUCAAACUUAUAUCAGAGCUUCUAACCAAUCCAUACUGUAAAGAGAAUAAAAUUACAUGGAAAUUUAUACCACAGUUAUCACCAUGGUUUGGUGGUUUUUAUGAGAGACUAGUGAGUCUAGUAAAGCAUUGUAUGAAGAGAACAUUGCAUAAACAUUUGUUAAAUGACAGUGAAAUCAAUACAGUUAUUAAAGAAAUUGAAGCUAUUUUAAAUACAAGACCACUUACCUGUGUCGAUUCAGAAAUGGUGCAUAUACUGAAACCAGCUGAUUUUUUGAUGAUGGGUAAAUGUAUCAGGACAGAGACAA